AUGUCAAAGACCGAGCAUCUGUCCGGCCUUCCCAUGCUGAGCGACCUCAUCCCUCAGAUAGAACGGAAGAUCGUCAAGAACCCAGAGAAAUAUGCGGAUUGGCGUGACACAGUGCACUCCGUCGACUUCACCCCGGGAAAGUACACGCAAAUGGAGUGGGGCCGGUACGACACGUUCAUCUUUGCAGGCCGAAAUAAUUGCCUGCUGCCCUGUCAUUGUUGCCCCAUCAAAGUCAAGGACGCUUCCCCGGAUGCAGCGCCGGAUCUUCCCCCAUUCUCACCGCUGGCAAUGCAGGCGGCUGGGUGCUCUAUUUGUGGAGUCAGGGGCGAUGCUGCGGAUUACGGGGCGAUCUUCGCGCGCAAGGUCCAAGACCCUCGACCCUUGCACGGGGGCGAAGAAGUCGCGCGCGACGUUCAACAAGCUAUCGAAAUGCAGCUCACCGCCAUAUCUACCUGGUCUUUCUUACUGGAGCACAUUCCUGGGGUCAACUGGAACGAUAGCGAUCUGCUCCAUGUAGCAGAUGCUCAUCCUCAACAUUCUCAGCAUCACACCGCGACGCCGCUAUGCGCGAUUUUGGCCGAGUUAGUCACACACGAAGCUCAGUCAGAGGUUCGAAUGUCCAAAUUGUUCCAGAAGUGGUGGCACGAAGGCACGGCAGCAGUCACGAAGCCAUCCCUGCUCCAUAUCGGCGCACGGAUCGCAGCACCGCCCAAUACCUCCGAGCGGCAUAUCCAAGCGAAGAGCCUCGAUAAUACCACACGCUUCGAGCGGGCAUUGAUUCGCGUCUGUAUGCCGAGCCUCCAUCCCAUCGUCCCGUUCCAGUUUAGUCUCCUCGACUUGGAGCAGCUGCUCAUCGAGAAGCCGACUCGGUCCAAGGCACUAUCCGAAGCUCUCGUCAAGGCGAUUGGAUAUCACGCGAUGGUCGUCCAAGCACAUUACAUGCUGCGGUUGGCGGUCUUCCUCAAAGGUCAAGCGCUCCGCGAAGCCACUCCGAGCCGCAUCAUAAACUGUUGCUUCGAGUCUGGCUCGUGCGCUUCCGGCCCCCUCCUCGUGGACGAUCAUAAUCCCGACCCUCUGGUCAGACAGGCUCGAGAUUACACAUCGCAAUUCGUCAAACGGCAUUACACUUUCCGCGACACGAAGCGAUUCUGGUUCCUCCUCUACACGUGCAGAGGCAUAAACUGGGCCGACCAUAUCGACUUCGAUCCGGCCACACUAGCGCCCACACUCAAGACGCGGCUGCUCGGAGAUGUUCUGGACUCGGCCGUCAACAGGACCUUCGGCUGCAGUUUGGUCCAAUUGAUGCUGACCGAUAAACCAGCUCAACCGGGAGGAACCAUGGUGCCGCCCUCCGACCGAGAAAGUCUGCUCAAGCAAUUUGCCGCCAUGCGGGAGUUGCUUCGCCAGCUGGUCCGAGAGGAUUUCAGAUGUCGGUUCCAGCCUAGCAUCGAGAUUGAUCCGGUGCGGCAACUCUUGCCUCCCCCAGUCUCUCCCACUCCAUCCACCGCCCUCAUCGCCCAAUUGUCCUCUAUGUCGAUGACGCAGAGCGCCCACGCCUACCUCCGGGACAAUCCUACCCCCGCCAAGGUGACUCGAGACCCCAAGCCCAGCGCUUCAGCUCCAGCUGCCCCCAAGGAGCCCGAAGUCAUCCCGUCGGACUCGGUCAUCUUCGUUAAUAACAAGCAGUUGAAGCUAGUGGAGAAGCUUUACGGUCAGCGAGAGGGUAAACUCCCUUGGGUCCCUCUGCUCAACUUGUUUGAACGGGCAGGACUGCGCGUCAAAGCUAUGGGCGGUACCGCCUUCCACAUCACCCACAUCUCGGACGGAGGUUCCAUGAUCUUAUACAGGCCGCACCCCGAUCCCGACUUGAGCUCCGAGCGAGCAUGUGCCCUGGGUAUUCGCCUGGCAACGACUUUCUCGUGGAGCGUCGAGAUGUUCCGCAGGAGACCGGGAGGUGGCGCUCUUGCCGAGCAGGAUUACGUAGCUGCGUUUGUACCCUUUUCACGAGUCUGUUGCGAGAUUGCCCGGACUCCUGACAUCACCCCAAACACAGCUCCCCACGUCGGACAGGUCGCACGGACCAGACACCUUCCAGGCCUGCAGCUCAGCUUGCAGCAACAGCACUUUGAACGGUCUCCUCCAUCUAUCUGUCCAUCUAUAUCGAGCUAUAUCACCGUUAUCAGUCCCAGCCUUCUCACCCAUAUAUGCUCGUCAAGCGACGUCGACGAGGCCGGAUCCGUAUCCCUACCAGACGUCGAUCAAGCGCUAGUUGUCUACGAUCAAGAGCAGGCGAUGUACGGUCGGAGCAGCAACAGCUCUUGGUAUGGCCCAAUCCAUCCAGAGCCGACGCGACAUAUAGCGCAGGUGCGAGCCCAGACCUAUCUGCGAGAAGCACGCUCUGCCUAUCCUGCUGACCUUGACCCAAGUACACUGCUUCACUACCCCUGCACUCUCAUGCCGCCUUGGUCCACAAUCGUGCAAAGGCGGGAGGGGGCAGACCGGAAUGACGAUCUACUUCUGAGCUAUCCCUUGAGCGACCGGAAGAACGCCCUGCCCUCCAGCCGAGAGUCCCCCAGCAAGGGAGUAGACCGCAUUAUUAGGGGUGGUAUAGGAAUCAUGAGAGCCAAAGCAGAAUCUGAACUGAUCUUCAGGGUGAAGCGGGAAGGGGGUAUGCGAAGCCUUUUCUUCGCGGAAUCUACAGGCAACUUGAACACCCUCGACUGCUUGACACUUUCAGGCCGCGUCCUGUGCUUAGCCGGAUCCACCUCUGAUAGGCUGGCAUGCUUGGGACUCAUGAAAGAGCUUCUCUCGAUCGAUCGUUCCUCCCUUGUUCAGCCGAGUCAUCUGAUCUACCCCCCUAAGUCGCUCACAACCUCGGCUACGUCUGCCUUGCCCUCAUACUACCCCGCUCAGACUGAUCUUGGCGGCCCCAGCUCGAUCGACCGAUUCGUUCUCAGGAGAUUUGAGUGCGAUACUCAGCGGCUCGGAGCCUCAUCGUUCGCGCCCAGCCGUAUUGCCGAGCAGAACCUACUCGGAUCCCAGGCCAUUUCGCCUCCUCCGCCGCCUUCCACAUCGCACAGCGAGCGGUGGCGAAUCGCCUGUUCUGAGGUCGCAGGAUGUUUACGUCAACCCACCAUGAAGGAGCCGGAACUCCUAGACAGUCUGCCUAAGAUGAGCGACAUCAUACCGAUUAUUGAGAAGCAUAUCAUUUCGGAGCACAAAGUCUCGCAUGGACUGAAGGGUGACUUUGAGGUUUUACACGACGGAUCUGCUUCAACUCCAGGGUUGUGUGAUCGGGGCAGACCAUACGCCUGCUAUGUGAAGUUCCUACAUGCGGGGUCAAAUGCUGGUCUACUCCCGUACUGUGCACACUGCACCGGCGCAAACGGUCGCGUCCUUACGGACGACGAGUUGCCGACGUCAUAUUCGCCCCUGGCCAUGCAAGCGGCUCGCGACAUAUGCCUCUACAAGCGUAAGCCCAGUACGCCCGACGACCUCAGGCAGCUUUCGCAGGCCAUGAUCGAUUCAGCAAAAGCAGAAAUGGAGGCGUUGCUGCGAGAACCAGAGGGACUUCUUGAUCAUAUCAACCGCAACACCUUGGGCAACAACAGUUCCUUAUCUCGAUCGAUCGCGGAAGCCGGCCAGGCAGCUGCCGAGGAUGUUCUGGCCGCUCUCCACUUUCGGCUUCAUGCGAUUGCCGUCUGGUCGGACGUUCUCGCACAGCUCGAUCGAGUCGACUGGGAUGACGGAGAACUCAUGAUGGCUCUGAUACGAAACACUACAAUCGCCAAGGAGAACUGUCACAUCCCCCUCUGUCGUAUCGUUGCUCGAAUCAACCAGCAUCAGUCAGAAUCCGCAGCUCUUUUGAGCACGAUCUUUCUGGAUCAUUGGGACAAAGGACAGCAGGCACCAGGGGAGGUGAGCUCUUGCCACCAGUCCUUCCCACAGAACGGAGUUGAGCUGAUCCUGUCUCCAGCAUUCCGCAGCUCACAAGGCGCUUCAUGCUCGGAUGAAGCAGGAGAACCCGAUGUACACAGAGCGCUACGUUCAGGCCAGGAGCCUCGACCGAACAACGCGCUUCGAACGGGCGCUCAUCCGUCUGUGCCUUCCCGAUCUGCAUCCGGUCGUGCCAUUCGAGGUCAGCAGAUGGUGACCAUCUUCGCCGGCGCUGAGCUCUUCGAUGACGCCGCUCUCUUUGGACGAAUUCAUCGGCACUACGACAAAAGGGACAAUGCUGCCACCGACAAAUACGCCAGUCUUCUUCCUGAACCACCUAAUCUUCUCGCUUCCCGCAACACGAUAGCCAGUGCUCUCAAAAUCAUCGCCAGGCGGUACCCCACGUCUCGGGAUGAGCGCGUACUAUGGUUCGGCACUCGCCUCCGCCCGGUCAAUUGGGCCGAAUACGUCACGAUCAACUCGAUCGGCACCGGGGCAGCGCUGGACGGGCGCAAGCUCAAGCAAGACCUCGACGCUCUUGCUUCGAGGGACUUCGGCUGUGACCUGCUCGGUCUGAUGGAUCACGAUGACACUUCUCCCGAGAGGUUGCUCUUAAAGGUGGUCGGCGAGGCGGGGGAGGCGUCCCAGAUCCCUCACCGCUGCGUAUACGAGCCAGCGGUGAGACGGCCGGCACAUCAGUCGAAUCACAGCGCGUCAACGUCGCUGCGUAAUCUACCCGCUCCCGCCCCCGCCCCACUUACUCAGAGCGGGCACGCCUAUCUUCGAGACAACCCGGCGAAAGAAAGAACAGGGCGGGCCGACCGGAGCAAUUUCACGACCGACUCACCCGCUCGUACGCUCGCCAGGCGCCCUCGCACCCUUUUCACUAUCAACAACAAGCAAUUGAAGGUGGCGGAGAGGCUGUUUGGCUACCGAGGAGGAGCAGUCAAGUGGGCUGAGCUGGUAAAUCUUUUCAAACGACUGGGAUUCUCAAGCAGGGGCAUGGGGGGUUCCGCUCAUCACUUGACGCCGAUCUCAAAUAUAGGAAGAUCCAUGAUCGUCUACCGACCUCACCCGGAUCCUACCUUUACUUCGGCUCAAGCGGGCGCCAUAGGCCGUCAACUGGUAUCUAUCUUCGGCUGGUCCAUCGAUAACUUCGCCCGGAGCGCUACUACCGAGGAGCAUGAUCAGGCGGUCUAG